GGGAUGGAGGCGAUGGCAGCCAGCACGUCCCUGCCUGACCCAGGUGACUUUGACCGGAAUGUGCCUCGCAUCUGCGGAGUGUGUGGAGACCGAGCCACGGGCUUCCACUUCAAUGCUAUGACCUGUGAAGGCUGCAAAGGCUUCUUCAGGCGGAGCAUGAAGAGGAAGGCACUGUUCACCUGUCCCUUCAACGGAGACUGCCGAAUCACCAAGGACAACCGCCGCCACUGCCAGGCCUGCCGGCUCAAACGCUGUGUGGACAUUGGCAUGAUGAAGGAAUUCAUCCUAACAGAUGAGGAGGUGCAGCGUAAACGGGAGAUGAUAAUGAAGAGAAAAGAGGAAGAAGCCUUGAAGGACAGUCUGAGGCCGAAGUUAUCUGAGGAACAGCAGCGCAUCAUAGCCAUCCUGCUGGAUGCCCACCACAAGACCUAUGACCCCACCUACGCUUACUUCAAGGAUUUCCGGCCUCCAGUUCGUGCGAAUGGGAGUGAAGAGAGCUAUCCUGAAAGGCCCACAUUCAGCUUCUCCGGGGUGUCCUCCUCCUCCUCCAGCUCCGAUUUGUACACUACCUCACUAGACAUGAUGGAACCGUCCAACUUUUCCAACCUGGAUCUGAAUGAAGAGGACUCUGUCGACCCUUCCGUGAGCCUGGAUCUCUCGCAGCUCUCCAUGCUGCCCCACCUGGCAGACCUGGUCAGCUACAGCAUCCAAAAGGUCAUCGGCUUUGCCAAGAUGAUCCCCGGAUUCAAGGAUCUCACCUCUGACGACCAGAUUGUACUGCUCAAGUCAAGCGCCAUUGAGGUUAUCAUGUUACGCUCCAACCAGUCUUUCAGCAUGGAUGACAUGACAUGGGACUGUGGCACCCAGGACUACAAGUAUGAUAUCACUGACGUCACCAAAGCUGGGCACACCCUGGAGCUGAUUGAGCCCCUCAUAAAGUUCCAGGUGGGGCUGAAGAAGCUGAACUUACACGAGGAGGAACACGUCCUGCUCAUGGCCAUUUGCAUUGUCUCCCCAGACCGACCUGGGGUACAAGACGCCAAGCUGGUUGAAGCUAUUCAGGACCGUCUAUCCAACACGCUGCAGACCUAUAUCCGCUGCCGCCACCCACCGCCAGGCAGCCACCAGCUCUACGCUAAAAUGAUCCAGAAGUUGGCUGACCUGAGAAGCCUCAACGAGGAACACUCCAAACAGUAUCGCUCCAUCUCCUUCCAGCCUGAGAAUAGCAUGAAGCUCACACCCCUUGUGCUGGAGGUGUUUGGCAAUGAGAUCUCCUGA